CUGUUCUCUCCAUCGCUGAAAUAGCUAGAAUCGGUCCAGUUGCUCUAAUUUCAACCAAUCUUCUUGUUACGGCGAUUUUGAUCAUUACUCGCUCAGCUCAUACCGUGGAUAGACUGGCUCCAUUUCCAGAGCAAUUAGCAGCGGGUGUCGCCCGGCAGCAUACAACUCUCCACCGAUGCGCAGACAGUCGAGAAUAGUAGCCUCUCUGCUUGUGCUAGCAUGUGCAAGCUCCGGCGCAUUCGCGCACAGGAAGUUCAAUGUUCAUGAUGAUCUACUAGCAUACCCUCAGUUCCGUAUCAAAUUCCCCGAUGGCUUUAUCCUCGAGUCUCAAGCACGCGCAUUUCUAGAACAAGCUCCCUAUAGCAGCCCAGACCUGAACGAUAUCUCUGAACAAACGCCGUUAAAGGACGAAAGUGAAGAAUCGAUACGCGACGGAUCUAGUGGAGAGAAGGCCAAAUUCUCGUAUGAGGAGCUGUCUCUCGAAGGACAGCGAUAUCUUUGCCAAAUCCCUGUUGUGGAAGAUGGCGACAGCAAUCGAACAAAAGUAGAAGUGAAUGAGGAGGAGGAGCGAAAGGAGCUCGCGCGAGCAACAGACCGAGGUUUGGAGCUGCUGCGUGAGAUGGAAGGCAAAUGCCUCUACUAUAUCUCCGGAUGGUGGUCUUAUUCCUUUUGCUACAUGAACCAGAUUAAGCAGUUCCACGCGCUUCCGUCAGGAGGUGGUGUUCCCAACUACCCGCCAAUGGAGGAUCACACGACGCACUCGUUCAUACUGGGGAGAUUUCCGCAAGAAGAAGGUCAGGAUGAGGGAAAGGGUGCGAAGUCGGGGAAGUCUUCCACAGAAUUGGCAGAAUUGCAGACGAAAGGAGGCUCGCGCUACCUGGUUCAGCGACUUGAAAGCGGCGAUCAGUGCGACCUCACAGGAAAGAAUCGGAAGAUUGAAGUCCAGUUCCACUGUAACCCGCAGUCGACAGACCGUAUCGCCUGGAUCAAAGAACUCUAUACGUGCUCCUACUUGAUGCUCAUUUAUACACCACGGCUAUGCAACGAUGUCGCGUUCCUUCCACCUCAGCAAGAGGAGGUCCAUACCAUCGAAUGCCGUGAGAUACUUACUCCGGAAGAGGUCACCGGCUGGCAAGCUAUGCAUGAGUACCAGUUAUCUCAACAGCUGGUAGAAUCUGCGGAAGCACCUAAACAUCAGGUCAUUGGUGGUAUCGAAGUUGGUGCCCAGCGGUUAGUUGGGACUGAGGGCAAGCGCAUCGAGAAGGGCCGUGUGGCUUCCAUAGGCGAGGAGAAAGUGGAUGUGGUUGCGAAACGAGUGAACGGCGAGGUGCAACUGCUGUCGGCAGAGGAGUUGAAGAAAUUCGACCUCGACGAGGCAAAAAUUGAGGAGCUCAGGAAGAAGCUGGAGGAAUGGGCCAAGGGUAAAGAUUGGACUCUAGAGAUUGUGACCGGCAACGGUGCAUAUCUUCGUGGAGUGGUCGAUACAGACGAAGAUGAAGAGGAUGGGUAUGAAAACGAAGAGGGAGAAACGGACAAGAGAGAACAGAGGGAAAAUACACAAGAAACCACAGGCCAGCCUGGCCAGCCUGGCCAUCAGGAAGAGACCGAGUCAGGGCAGGCCGGGCACCCGAUGGAUGACAGAUCGGAAGAUGGAGAGGAUCCAGAUGUGGAUGGAAGUGAAGAGAUCUUCAAAGACGAACUGUAG